GUCAGCGGCGGGAGGCCGCGGCGGCCCACGUGGGCGCUGACGUCGCGGCGGCGGACGGCGGGUACGCGGCAGGCACAGUGGAGUUUAUGAAGGCCAAGAAAAGAGCUGAAUGAUAUUUUGUGUGAACAGAGGCGAGAGACAUCCAAACGUGGGAAAGUACAGAGUUGCAGGUUGGAAGAUGAGUCCAAAAAUUACAACAGAGCUGCUGAAGCAACUACGGCAGGUGAUGAAGAGUCCCAAGUAUGUCCAGGAGCCUGUCCAAGCCUACAUAGUGCCCUCUGGAGAUGCCCACCAGAGCGAGUACAUUGCACCCUGUGAUUGCAGACGGGCGUUCAUCUCUGGGUUUGAUGGCUCUGCAGGUACUGCCAUUGUAACAGAGCAGCACGCUGCCAUGUGGACAGAUGGACGCUACUUCCUGCAAGCUGCACAUCAAAUGGAUAACAACUGGACACUCAUGAAAAUGGGUCUGAAAGACACACCGACUCAGGAGGACUGGCUAGUCAGUGUCCUCCCAGAAGGAUCGAAGGUGGGAGUGGACCCUUUCAUUAUUCCAGCUGACCAAUGGAAGAGGAUGUCCAAAGCCUUGAGAAGUGCUGGCCACGACCUUGUGCCUGUCAAAGAAAACCUGAUUGAUACAAUCUGGACAGACUGUCCUCAGCGUCCCUGCAAGCCUCUCAUCACACUCAAUCUGAGUUACACAGGGGUCAGCUGGAGAGACAAAAUUGUAGCCCUCCGUUCAAAAAUGGCUGAGAGAAAAGUCCUGUGGUUUGUGGUAACUGCCUUGGAUGAAGUAGCAUGGCUUUUCAACCUCCGAGGCUCUGAUGUUGAGUACAAUCCUGUGUUUUUUGCAUAUGCCAUCAUAGGAACGAACACAAUCAGGCUCUUCAUUGAUGGUGACCGGAUGAUGGACCCAGUUGUGAGAGAGCACUUACAGCUUGACUCUGCCUUGGAGCCCGAGUUUAAAAUCCAGGUGCUGCCCUAUGGAUCUAUCCUGUCAGAGCUGCAGGCUGUUGGUGCAGGCCUCUCACCCAAGGAGAAAGUGUGGCUCAGUGACAAAGCCAGCUAUGCUCUGACUGAAGCCAUUCCCAAGGCUUACCGAUACCUCACCCCGUAUACCCCCAUCUGCAUUGCAAAAGCUGUGAAGAACGCAUCAGAAACAGAAGGCAUGAGAAGAGCACACAUUAAAGAUGCUGUUGCCCUGUGUGAACUCUUUAACUGGCUGGAAAAAGAGGUUCCAAAGGGAACGGUAACAGAAAUAAUUGCUGCAGACAAGGCAGAGGAGUUUCGCAGUCAACAGAAAGACUUUGUUGAGUUGAGUUUUGCUACCAUAUCAAGCACGGGUCCAAAUGGAGCCAUCAUUCACUACAAGCCAGUUCCUGAGACCAACAGAACGCUGUCUGUGAACGAGAUCUACCUCCUGGACUCAGGAGCACAGUACAAAGAUGGUACAACAGAUGUGACCAGGACAAUGCAUUUUGGCACACCAUCAGCUUAUGAAAAGGAAUGUUUCACCUAUGUCCUGAAAGGACAUAUAGCUGUGAGUGCAGCCAUCUUCCCAAAUGGAACCAAAGGUCACCUUCUAGAUUCCUUUGCCCGCUCUGCCUUGUGGGACUGUGGUUUGGAUUACCUGCACGGGACAGGACAUGGAGUCGGCUCUUUCCUAAAUGUACAUGAGGGUCCUUGUGGCAUUAGCUACAAAACCUUUGCAGAUGAGCCCUUGGAGGCUGGCAUGAUCGUCUCUGAUGAGCCUGGGUAUUAUGAAGAUGGCUCUUUUGGGAUCCGAAUAGAAAAUGUUGUCCUUGUGAUCCCUGCUGAAACCAAGUACAAUUUCAAAAACAGAGGGAGCCUGACAUUUGAACCCUUAACCCUGGUUCCAAUCCAGACAAAAAUGAUUGAUGUUAACUUGCUGACAGAAAAAGAGUGUAACUGGGUGAACAGCUACCAUCAGAAGUGCAGGGAGGUAAUCGGAGCGGAGCUGGAGAGGCAAGGCCGGCACGAAGCUCUUGGGUGGCUCAUCCGGGAGACGGAGCCUCUCCUCAGAGCUCAGUAGCACGGCAGCUGCCUGCGGGGUGCAGAGCAUCAGGACCCUGCAGCGUCACAGGAACCUGCGGCGUCUCGGGCCCCGGCACCGCCGGGACAGCGAUUGUCAAUAAGCCUUUGGAAGUCAGGAGGGGGUUCAUGUAGUGUUUCUCUCCCCGUGACACAUGGGGAUAAGAAGGGUUACUGCCUCAACAAUAGGUUGGGGUUUUUUGGGGGGGUUGGGAUUCAGAAGAGAAAGCAAACAAAAUAAAUAAGCAUGUUGCCUUCAAAACAAGGGUCCUAUUUCAAUAAUGGUUCUAAGAGGCAAUACUGGAAUAUUUUAUACUGUCUGUUUUUUCACUCUGAAAACUCAGUAUUUUUGCAUACUUGGGUUCCAGUUGUUAAGAUGCUACCCACACAGCAGGACUGAUUACUGAAUAAAAGAUUCCAACCAUCUGCCUUCUCUUGCAGUCAGUGAUGUGGUGGGUUUGAGAGCCUGAAGAAGGGCAAGAACCAGAUAAUUCCACCUUUAUGUGUGCGUCCUGCUCAGACAGUGAGGAAGUAUGUAUGGGGCUGCCCUGUGCUAGGCGCUGGGCAGAUGUUCUGGGGAAGCCUGACAGGAGCAGCCAGUUCUGCCUGUGCCUUGUGACAGAGCGUGCGAGGGAUGUGAUGACACUCAGCAGAGGUUUGUGUGUGCACAGCACCCAGCCCAGCACUUCUGUCCAUUGUUAGGACUUAGUGAGGACUUGUGUAACCCUUGGCAGCGCCGGAUCCUUGGGCAGUAUCGUGGAAUUACAGCUUUUCCUGGACACAAAGCAAUUAUUAAGUUAAAUAAAUGCAUACAAUGGACAAA